UGUACUGUUCAUAAAAAUGGGUACAUGGAACCCAUUUAAUGGGUACUUCCGAGUUAGCGUGUGGCUGUCAUCGGUCACAGUAAACAAAAACAGCGAAAUUUGGUUUACAAUCAGUGAUUUGCAUCUGAUAUCGAUUUUCUUCCCAACAUCCUCAGCUUCUGCCAUUGCCGAUAAGAUGAGUCAUCCCCCGCCAGCAAAAAAGACCGAAUCAGCGAAUCUGUUCGUGAAGAAUUUGGUCGCUACAAUCGACGACAAUAGGCUGCGGGAAUUGUUCUCCCCGUUCGGAACAGUUACCUCGGCCAAGAUCGCGCGGAACGAUGCCGGUGAAUCGAAAAAGCAUGGCUUCGUUUGCUACGGUGCGGAUUCGGAAGCUGCACUCAAAGCAAUCUUCUACAUGAAUGGACGCCUGAUUGCCGGGAAGCCGAUCUACGUGAACGUAGCGCAGAAGAGAGAAGAAAGGAGUAAAUUGUUAGCCGCGCAAUUCAGCAAAUCGAAAGAUGUUUCAAAAACAACGGAGACGGGAGACGAUGAAGUUAUGCUGUGAAACUUAAGCAUACCAGCAUCUUACCUGGGGAACAUCAUACAAAAGGAGUAUAAAUGCUUUUGAGAACCACGGUUUCAGUUAUUGAAAGUUCAGAUGAUUAAUGCUAGGUAUACCACCAGCAUGUCUUUUAGUUUGUUGAGUUUGUUAUAUGUUUUAAGUGUUCUGUACUUUACUACACCAACUAUAAUGAAACAUGACUUUUCUAAUAACAAAUGUA